AUGAACGACACGAGCAGUCGAAACCACGCAGUCUUCACCAUUAUGCUGAAGCAGAUUCAUCACGACAUGGAGACGGACGAGACGACAGAACGAAGCUCGCGCAUCCGACUGGUGGAUCUCGCGGGCAGUGAGCGCGCCAAGGCAACGGAAGCCACGGGCGCACGGCUCCGGGAGGGCAGCAACAUCAACAAGUCGCUGACGACGCUCGGGCGCGUCAUAGGAGCGCUGGCCGACUCGAAGCAAAAGGGUCGCAAACGAAAAGACGUGGUGCCGUACCGGGACUCGAUCCUCACGUGGCUGCUCAAGGACUCGCUCGGCGGCAACAGCAAGACGGCCAUGAUUGCGUGCAUUGCGCCGUCGGACUACGAGGAAACGCUCUCGACGCUGCGCUACGCGGACCAGGCCAAACGGAUCCGCACACGGGCCGUCGUCAACCAGGACCACGUGUCGGCAGCGGAACGAGACGCACAGAUUGCGGAGAUGGCGGAGGAGAUCAGGGUGUUGCAGCUCUCCGUGUCGGAGUCGCGACGGCGCGAGAAGGACACGACACAGGACCAGGAGGGCGCGCCUCGAGGAUUACCAGAAGAGCGUCGUGGCGAUGCAGCGCAUGAUGGAGGAGAAGAGCCCUCGUGGCGGAGGGCAAGAUCCGCAGCCUGCAGACGGGAGAACGAAGCGCUUCCGGCUUGCACCCUCAAGCUUGGCGCUGGGAGGAGCCUUCAAAGAAACCCGAUCCCCGGCGGUGCCCCCUGA